CUGGAAUCUGUGUUCAUCGUGCAUUUGUGAGUGAAAGUCGUGUUUUCGCCAUGAAGAUAGUGAUUUUCUUGGCUUUGGCGGCCGUUUGCGGGGCUUUGCCCCAAAAAGAGGGCGGGGCGUACACCAACGAGGCCAUCAGACAGGCCCAAAACACCUUCCUCAUCCCCAAAGACGCCCAAAUCCAGAAAGUGCAAGAGGGGAUCGAAAUCGGGGCCUAUGAGGGGAUCCCCGGGAACCAGAGGAUCAACCUGUUCGAGAUUUUGGGCGACCAGUUUCCGACGGAAGUUGUGAAUAAUUUGCAGCAGCAAAUCGAUCAAGUUGGACGCAAUUAAUUUUUUUUUUCGCUUCUAGUCUUUUUUUUUCACUUCUCUUUUUUGCACCCCUCACAAAAAUAAAAACUGAUAUUCUUCCACGUAAAGUGCCAAUUCUGUGCUAGGUACGACGAUUUGUAUAUAGUUUUUUUUUAAUAAAACUUAUUUUUUGUAAA